AUGAGGCAUGCAAAGAGUGUGAAAGUUAAAGAAGUUAUCACUGCACUUUGUAAGCUUCUGUCCGCGUUGGGCAUAGAUUCGGUUCCAAGUGCAGAAUCGUUCAGAAGAGCUAAAUUUAACCAAGCUGAUGUAACAGAAGAGUUGUGGAAGUUCCUGCAUAGCAUCUUAAUGAAAGUAUGUGUGAUGGAGUGCACCUACCAAGAUUCAGCUCAAUCAAACUUAGACUCUCAGUCCUUGUUUGUGAGGAGUGCACUGUGGCAUUGCGGUUACGGUGCUGAGUGGGUACUGGAACCGAAGGCUGGCAGCCUCAGAGUAUGCGUCGGAAGCCGAGACUUGCUCUUGGCUUUUGGAUGGAUUUUGUCUUCUGGAAAUCCCCUGGAGUUUCUGCUCGAGGAGAAAGCUCAGCAGCUGGAGCGCCUUUCCAGAUCAGCUCUGGACCACAUGCAUUUGCUUGGAGAUGGGGACUCACAAGUGGAUGUGAGUGGAACAGGAGAGGGUGGUAGCAAGCCGAUCAAUGGUGAGAUGCAGCUUAGGACUUUGCAAUGGCAGUAUGGCAAGCUAAAGCUCCACUGGAGAAGACUGCUGGCAGCCCAGGAGGAAAGAUCCAGAUUGACACAUAGGAUCCUGUCUAGUCCUGCUCCUCUCCCUGAAACUUCAUCCACUGAUUCUUCUCACAAGACAUGUUCCACUGCACUUCACAAGGAACUAGAGCAAAUACAAUCUCUGAAUGCCACGCUGGAAGCUUAUCUGAACUGGAAGUCUCUGGAGCCACUCUUCUGGUCCUGGAUGGACAGUGUGAUUGACAACGACGUCUCGCGUCUGGAUGAGGACGCCGUUGCUGACGUGUCACAAAGGGACCAGGGUAUUAAAAGGAGCUGCUCCCAUGCUGAGAAAAGUAGAGAAGCUGUUAAACAACUGAAUGAGAUGGUGCAGUUACUAGAGGCAGAGCUGAGGCUUGGACAGACUCAACAGCCUGACCACAGCUUGUCCACACAGGGUAGACACCAAGCUCAGCACCUGACCUCAGACAGGGAGAGGACAGAGGUGGAGAGGAGAGUGACCACCAGAUUACAAGGCCUUAGACUGACCAAUGGCAGAUAUCCACUGCCAUCCAGAGCCUACAUACCCUGUCUUCAGGACUCUCAGCCAGCAUAUUCAGCUCACAAACCCCAAAAAGUUGAGAGUGGCCAAGUGCGAUUGACGGGAAAGCUCCAGGCUUUGGACGUGCUGAGAGAUCUAAAGGAGAGAGAGGCUCUCCUGCAGUGGAAACUAGAGCUGCUUAGGCAGACCCAAAGAGAGGAACUGCAGGACCACGCCAGCACUCUGGAGGGGCUGGUCCUCAUUCCACCACUCAAGAGAUAA